AUGUGCGGGAUUGCUGGAUAUUUGGACCUUCCUCGGCAGCGCAUGGCCGAUCGCGCCGUGCUCACUCGUAUGGCUGAUGUCAUGCACCAUCGUGGGCCGGAUUCGUCGGGAUUCUUUCUCGAUGGCGCCCUGGGGUUCGGUUUUCGGCGCCUUAGCAUCGUCGACUUGCAUACCGGUGGUCAACCGAUUUUCAACGAGGAUCGGUCCAUGGUCCUGAUGUGCAAUGGCGAGAUCUACAACUGUCAGGAACUACGGCAGGAGCUGGAAGCCCGAGGGCAUCGCUUUUCUACCCGUUCCGACGUAGAGGUGCUGAUUCAUCUGUUCGAGGAGCAGGGCUCCGAGAUGGUCCAUCGCUUGAACGGUCAAUUUGGCCUCGCAAUCUGGGACCGGCGGCGGCAGACCCUCUUCUUGGCCCGCGAUCAAGCUGGCAUCGUACCCCUGUACUAUACGGUUCAGAACGGUCAGUUCAUCUUUGGCUCAGAGGUCAAGGUGCUGCUCGAGCAUCCCGAUGUCAAGCCCAAGGUGGACAUGACCGGUUUGGAUCAGAUCUUCUCCUUCCCUGGAAUGAUCAGUCCGUGGACGAUGUUCGAGGGGAUCAAGCGACUGAAAAACGGCCAUUACCUGACGGUCACGGGCGAAGAGAUCGAGGAGACCGAGUAUUGGGAUCUGGACUAUCCACUGGAGGAGGAGGCGGAGUACCCCCAUCCAGAUGAAUAUUACAUCAAGGGACUGCGAGACCUCUUUCGGCAGUCGGUCAAGUACCGCUUGCAGGCCGAUGUGCCCGUCGGUUUCUACCUCUCUGGAGGCCUGGACUCUUCUUUGACCGCGGCCGUGAUCCACGAGCUCUACCCCGAUCUGCGGCGCCAUGCAUUCAGUAUUGCGUUCACCGAUGAGCGUGCCAACGAGGCCAACUACCAGCGGUUAAUGGCCGAUCACGUGAAUUGCGAGCUGCACAACACUCGCUUCGACUGGUCUCGCACCUCCGAGCUGUUGGAGAAGAUGAUUUACCAUGCGGAGUGUCCGAUCAAGGAGACCUACAAUACCUGCUCCCUGGAGUUGUCGCGGAUGGCUCGGGAGCAAGACAUCAAGGUGAUCUUGACGGGGGAAGGUGCGGAUGAGCUAUUUGCCGGCUAUGUGGGCUACCGAUUCGAUCAAGUGCGCCAAGGUCAGGAACCGGCCGAGGAUCUGGAAGAGCUUUUGGAACAGCAGAUGCGCGAGCGCCUUUGGGGCGAUCCGAAUCUCUUCUACGAGCAUGACUACGUCGCAUUCACAGCACAGCGCAAGGCCCUUUACGCUCCAGAUCUGCGCCGCCGCUUUGGCAAGUUCAACACCCUGAAAAAGCCGCUGAUCGACAAGAGUAGGAUUCGUGGGCGCCAUGUCCUGCAUAAGAGAUCCUAUCUCGAUUACAAGCUGCGCAUGGUGGAUCAUCUGCUGAUGGAUCACGGUGAUCAGAUGGCCUUAGCCAAUUCCGUAGAGGCGCGCUAUCCCUUUCUGGAUAUCGAAUUGAUGCGUUUUGCCCAGAAGAUUCCUCCGUGGUUGAAGCUCAAUGGCAUGACCGAGAAGUACAUUGUCCGACGUAUCGGUGAGCAGCUUUUGCCACGCCAGAUCCUAAGUCGCGAGAAGUUUGGUUGGUUUGCUCCAGGCAGCCCGGAGCUCUUGCAAGCCAAGGUCGAGUGGAUUCACGACGUUCUGUCCUGCGACACGAUCCGGCGACAGGGUUACUUCGACGCCGAUGUCGUAGGGGAGCUAAAACAGCGCUAUUCCGAGCCCGGUUUCAAGCUUAAUCAACCUUAUGAAAGCGACCUGUUGAUCGUUAUCGCUAGCUUUGGGAUUUUCCUCGAGGUGUUCGACAUGCCUGACGCUGCCUGA